AUGGCCAGUCCAGAUACAGACGCCUUUCGCCCGCCCAUCUCCCCUCCACCUCCGGUCUACCUUCGAUCCUCUCCUCCGCCUCCAGCGCCAUCAGAUCCUCCGCCACCUCCGCCUGGUGCAGAACCAGGGUCGCCCGGAUCCUCGAAGCCAGCAAUCCGUAGAAAACCCGUUCCGAAUGCUCCGAUCCAGGUCGAUGGGAAUGCGCAUAUGCAGAAGUCACCCCUGUCUCCAGUGAAGAUCGACAACCCGGCGGAGAUUCCCCAGGCCUCGAGCGUCAUGGUUGAGGGACCCGGGGACGCUGACAGCAGGUCACCCUCUCUCGUCGAGGCACUGUCGAAUAUGGGAAUCUCCCAGGCGAUUGGCCACGGAUCUGACGAUGCCGCAGUCCAAUUCCCCCACCGAACGGAUUCUCUUCCGCCUCAGUCUCGUGCGAACAGACACGCCUCUGCCAGCACUGAGUCUUGGUCGUUAGUAGGUUCAAAUGACAGAGAUGAUGGUCAGAAGGGGGAAUCUAUCGCUGGACAGGACACAUCCAGUAAAAACCAACGUCCGUCCAACGCGUCCGAUGUCAGUCUCGAUAGCAUGUCACCGCCCAUGGAAUACCAACCUCUGCAAUACCACCAUCUCCGCGAGGAGCCUACCAGUCGAAAGGCCUCCGGGCCGAUGGGGACGUAUUCCGGUUCAUCGUCGGCGGAACACCUCGCCUCUUCAAGCCAACAUCUGGCGCCAGGCCGGGCGAGUUAUGGUGGGAUGCCUCGACCCAACUCGGCGUAUUCCUCCGUAUCUGAUCUCGGCGGCCGUGGACGCUCGCCGCAUCCCUCCCCCGGUAGGCAUACACGCGCCCCAUCUUCCCACUCUGCGGCCUCUCCAGAUGUCCGGCCGACGUCGUCCUUUGUCGACCUCCUCACCGCCUCAUAUCCACAACCGUCGCCGUCCCCUGCCGGCCUAAACAAUGCCCAUCUGCGUAUGUCACUUGGGAACAAUGUGUCUCUGCUGAGCCACAAGCAAACGUUCGAAAUGUACUUGGCCAAUGUGAAAAAGACCAACGAUCCUGCGGUCCAGUAUGAGUUCGCCGUUUUCAUGGUCAACGCGAUCCAGGAGAUGAAGGACUUUGGACGAUGGCUCGACAAAGGGAAGGAAGACUAUGACCGCGCACUGCCUCUCUUCGUUGCCGCCGCCAAACACGGACAUGCCGAGGCUGCUUAUCGGGCAGGUCUGUGUAACGAGUUCGGCUGGGGAUGCAGGGUCGACGGUUCCAAGGCGGUGCAAUUCUACCGCCAAGCAGCGUCCAAGAAGCAUCCGGGAGCGAUGCUUCGUCUGGGCCGUGCCUGUCUGUCCGGUGACAUGGGUCUGGGGAAACGGUACCGCGAAGGCGUGAAGUGGUUGAAACGGGCCGCCGAGUCGGCCGAUUACCAGUACAACUCCGGGCCGUACGAGCUCGGACUGCUGCAUGAGACGGGGUUCGGGGACGAUGUGUUUCCCGACCCGUCUUAUGCCGCGCAGCUUUUCACGAAAUCCGCGGAAUUGGGCCACGUAGAAGCGAGCUACCGGCUGGGAGAUGCGUACGAACAUGGCAAGCUCAACUGUCCCCGCGAUCCGGCUCUCAGCAUUCAUUUCUACACUGGAGCCGCGCAGAAGGGACAUCCGCAGGCCAUGAUGGCUUUGUGUGCGUGGUAUCUGGUAGGAGCAGAACCGGUCUUGGAGAAGGAUGAGAAUGAGGCAUAUGAGUGGGCGCGACAAGCUGCAGAAUUAGGCUUGGCCAAGGCGCAAUAUGCAGUUGGCAUUUUACGGAGAUGGGAAUCGGCUGCCGUCGCGAUCCUCUAG